CUUCCCACUCUACGGAGGAUGGGGUCGGCUGACGAUUAGGUCGGAGCAAGUCAGAUCUUCCUCCAAAGCCUGGUAAUAUUCAUGUAGGCAAAAAGGAAAAAAAAGAAGAAAGGAAGAGAGGGGGAGAGAGAGAGGGGGAAGAGAGAGAGAGAGAGAGAGAGAGAGAGAGAGAGAGAGAGAGAAAGAGAGAGAGAAGAAACGGGAGGAGGGGAUAAGGAAACUAAACCCUCUAAGUCAAUGCAUAUUGUGGCGACAGCGGCCCAGGAGCCCUCACGGUGGAGUCGGCCAGGGCUGUGCCUUCCCAAAAUAUGACCAGGGGUGCCUGGAUGUGUCGGCAGUAUGACGACGGCCUAAAAAUCUGGUUGGCAGCACCCCGGGAGAACGAGAAACCGUUCAUCGAUUCCGAGAGGGCUCAGAAAUGGCGACUGUCUCUGGCAUCUCUCUUGUUUUUCACAGUCCUGCUGUCUGAUCACUUGUGGUUCUGCGCCGAGGCCAAACUGACCCGCGCCCGGGACAAGGAGCAGCAGCGGCAGCAGCGCCAGCGCCAGCAGCAGCAGCAGCAGCAGCAGCAGCGGCAGCGGCCGCCGGAGCCCUCCUGGCCCGCGCUCCUGGCGAGCAUGGGGGAGUCCGCGCCCGCCGCCCAGGCUCACAGACUCCUCUCCGCCUCCGCGUCCCCCACCCUGCCCCCCUCCCCGGGAGCCGGCGGCGGCGGCGGCGGCGGCGGCAAGGGCGACCGAGGCAAGAGCCACCGGGGCAAGCCUCCUUUCCCAGGAAACUCCGCCAAGCCCCUGUGGCGCCUGGAGACUUGCUACCCCCAGGGCGCGUCCUCGGGCCAGUGCUUCACGGUGGAGGACGCGGACGCGGUGUGCGCCAGGAACUGGAGUCGGGGGGCGGCGGCCGCGGGGGAGGCGCGCGAGGCCAGGGGCCGGCGCCCGGCUCCGCCCGGGAACCUGUCGGAUUUUUACCUUUCGUUUUGUAAUUCCUACACACUCUGGGAGUUGUUCUCGGGGCUGUCCAGUCCCAACACUUUGAACUGCAGUCUGGAUGUGGUGCUCAAGGAAGGCGGCGAGAUGACCACCUGCAGGCAGUGCGUCGAGGCUUACCAGGACUAUGACCACCAUGCUCAGGAGAAAUACGAAGAGUUUGAAAGUGUGCUCCACAAGUACUUACAGUCGGAGGAGUACUCGGUGAAAUCGUGUCCCGAAGACUGUAAGAUUGUCUACAAAGCCUGGCUCUGUUCCCAGUAUUUUGAAGUCACACAGUUUAACUGCAGAAAGACAAUUCCUUGCAAGCAAUAUUGUUUGGAGGUUCAGACGAGGUGUCCGUUCAUAUUGCCCGACAAUGACGAGGUCAUCUACGGAGGCCUCUCCAGUUUCAUCUGUACAGGGCUUUAUGAAACCUUUCUAACCCACGAUGAACCAGAAUGCUGUGACGUCAGGCGGGAAGAACCAGCAAAUAGCCCAUCCAAAGGGACGGUGGAGAAAAGUGACUCCUGUCACAGGACGUCGCUCACAGUGUCAUCAGCAACCAGACUGUGCAACAGCAGACUCAGACUGUGUGUGCUUGUACUGAUUCUCCUGCACACAGUGCUCACAGCCUCCUCUGCCGCACAGAACACAACGGGACUAGGCUGGGGAGGCGUCAACCCGCUGGAAGAAAACACCACCAACGAGGAGUAAGGAAAGGCCGAAGGGUCGCCGGAGCGGCAGCUGGCCCACCGUGAAGAAGGCAACUGCUGCCCAACGUAACCGACACUGGGUGCUUUUACCCUCGGAUUACUUCUUGCAAAGGCCUCUAGGGUAAAAUUCAAAAAGAUGGGCCUGAAUCCAAACAAGGACACAACCACAGCUUUUUCUUGACUAAAAGGCUGGAGAGUGACUUUCAAUUUCUCACACCAUUUUAUACACUGUGUUUUAAUGUUUGGAGGUUUUAUUUGCUUUCGUUUUGGUUUGGGUUUCCUUGUUGGUUUUUUGCACUUGUUAAUAAGGAUUUAUUUUUGGGGGAUGGUUUCUCAGAGGUAAACUAAGUCUUUUCACUGUCUCUCUCUCUCUCUAUUUCUAGUCAUUGUGUGUGUUCAUCAGGUAGUUCUGUCUUUAUGUCCUGUCAGUUUCUAUUAGAGGAAUGAUUGCUAUGACCUCAUGGUAUAGCAAAAAACAACGACAAAAAAAAAAAUAAUAAAAAAAAAAAAAGACAAAAAAAAGAAAACAACAAAAAAUAAAAAAUAAAAAAAUUCCCCAAGUCUCCCUUCUCCCCACAGAACCAACACCUUUCCCGGCCCUUCCUUCCCUCCUCGCCCUCUUCUCGUCCCCUAAGCAGACAACAUCCGCUUGCUUCUGUCUGUGUACCCACAGUGAAUGGGUGUGCACGCUUGGUGGACCUCUGAGCCACUGUGGCACAAACCCGAAACCGAGUGGAGCCAAGGGGGCCUGGCGGGGGUUCCUUUUUAGCUGAACAAACAAGUGCUCUCCAUAAUAGCGGAAUCAGACAGUUAACAUAUUUUUAUGUUGAAAACAAAA